AAGCGAGCAAAUUGAUAGGAUUAGCAGCUUGCCGGAUCAACUACUGGUCCACAUCCUCUCAUUUUUACCAACAAAAGAUGCUGUAAAGACGGUCCUGAUUCGGAGAUUUGGAAACCUCUGGACUGCCAUUCACAACCUUGACUUUGAUGUGUGCUUGUAUCAGGAAUGCAGAGAGUUCUCUUACGAAUUCGGUCCCGAAAAUGAAGAGAGGUUGAUUGAUCUUAUUCGUCAUGUACUCAUUCUCCAUGAGAGCUCUGAUAUUCAUAGAUUCCGUCUGAAGUUUGAGUUCAACGUAUGGUCUACAUCUGAACAAUUGAAGCUUGCUACUGAAAUCGAUACAUGGAUUCAUUUUGCUCUGAGAAAGAAAGUUAAGGUUCUCGAACUUGAUUUCAAGGCAUGUGGUAAAUUUGGCCACAAAGGAUACCAUAAGUUUCCAAACGUUGUGCUCACUGGUGAUACUCUUACAGAGCUGAAUUUGGUCUAUUGUCGUGUGGAACCGCAAGAGCACAUUCAGCUGCGGUCACUCAAAUCUUUGUCUCUUAAUUGUGUACUGAUAAGUGAGGAGACAAUGACUGAAAUAAUAUCUGGUUCUCCAGCGCUUGAGAAUUUGUUCAUUUACGGGUGCGUUGGAUUCCAUAAGCUGAACUUCACAUCUGUAAAUCUAAAGAAUGUGGUGAUUGAGCUCUUUCGGUAUGACAGUUCAAGGCUAGAAGUUUCUUGCCCAUUCGUAACGUCACUAAAUAUCUCAGAUAUAGAGCGGAUGCAUCUGAAUAAUCUGUCAUCUGUCGUUGAUGCUGCUGUAAACUUCAACGGUUAUUUAAAUUGUGCUCAUGGUGAAUAUUUUCACGAGGUCAAAAUGCUUUUUCAGCAGUUUUGUGGUGCCGAGGCCUUUACACUGUUUACCAGAUCUAUUCUGGUUUUCACAAUAUGGGAGUUGAUCAAAAGUUCUUUCCCAUCAAUGAAUUGGAGGCGUUUAGUUCUUAAGACAAUGCUGACCAAGUGGCACCUCCCUGGGAUUGCUAGCUUACUGAGAAAUUCGCCCCAUCUGGAGAUGCUUGAUAUACACAUGCGGCCUGGCACUAAACCCUUUUGUUAUCGCGAUGAUUGGUGGCUAAAGGAAUAUGAGAUUGAUGGAGAAAAUUUCUGGGACUUUCAGCUGUCAUCGUUCGAUUGUCUUAGGAGCCACCUCAAGACUAUCAGAAUACACAGCUUCAGAAUAGAGCCCUGUGCUGUUAAACUUGUGCACUUCCUGCUGAGAAAGGCUUAUGUUUUGGAAAAACUGGUGAUUGACACUAACCGGGAGUCGUAUCCUGACAAGGAAAACCAGUUCAUGUCUGAGCGAUGGACGGGUUUUUCAAGAGAGUAUAAGCAAUGGAGGGAAUCUUCAAUAGAAUCUGAGCAAUGGAAGGAAUUUUCAAGAGAGUUGCUGUGUUUUCCAAGAGCCUCUCCACAAGUUGUUAUUUUGUUCUUGUGAAAAAUGCUAUAGCUGACCAAAAUGCAUGUGUGGUUGUCCUUAAUAGCUGUUUCUUAUUUUUGCUUUUUACGCGGGCUUUGCAGCUUGAUUUUCCUGUACUUUACCCUGCUGUAUUGACAUUGGUGUUAAUCAUGGAUCAUAUAUUUGCCAUGGCAAGGGAAGUUACUCUUUUUGC